UGUUGACACAGUAUGUAGACGACGAAAAGCCGUAAGAUAUGUAGUCUUCAAGGUAGCUGACACGGCUUUUUUGUGUUCCCGAGAAGUCUACGUGGCAACUUAACGAGCGAUGGCUCUUUUGGUGUUGUUUGGAGUCGUUCUUUUGUUGGGGGCCACGAUGGGGGUAGAUGGCGCCAGGCUGGCCUCCAAACAGGACCCGAAAACCAUCGAAGAACUCUGGGAAGCCGAAAAUUCUAUGGAUCUCGCGGUGAAUGAACAGUCUCGCAGAGAGGAAUUCGGUCGUCUCUCCGCUGAGUCCUGUGAGGACGACUCCAAGGGCAUCCCGCUGUGCCGGGAGUGUUCGUUCUUACGUGAGCUGCCGGCAGACUACUCUCCGCGGUACCUACUGGAGCGGAAAUGCCAGGGCCAGGACUGUCUAAUGCAUGAAGGGAAGUGUCUGCAGCAGUAUAUGUCUGUCGAGGUUCGCAACAUUGCCCCGGACAGGAAGGGUGAAACCAUCUUAGUGCGGAUCGCUGCAGGCUGCAGGUGCCUUCUCAACGAAAACUCAAUCUUGAAAGACUACUUCAUUCGCUAGGCGCAGUAACCCUCGUCAUAGUGUCAGGGCAGCAAAUCGGAAUCAAAGCUAGCAACGUAACCGAUAGCACAGGUUAUUGAAGAUCUGCAUAUUGUCCAUCUCUAAAGUAAAUUACUUUUUUAAUCAGUAUAAUUAGAAUAAACAGUAAUUGUUUGUGUAACAAUGUUCUUUAUUUGCAAACAAAAGAGUUUUACAAGUCGACAUUUUGGCGACCUCCUGUAAACUACCUCGGGGUAACUACCGAUCUGUUAUACUACGCACUUCAGCUAGGUGUCCCUUCCACACUGCGUGCGGUCCCAUGUGUAUUGUCACAUACAUCUUGCAGACAUGUA